CCUAUGCCUUGGGGGAGGAGCCACCGCUGGAGCUGCUGCCCUUCCCGGAAGGAAGGAAAGACACUUAGUCUUAGAGAUGGCAAUGGAAAAGGAGUGGGACUGGAGUCAAUGCCCACAGUUCUAGAGAACUCCGAACCUUGGUAUCCAGUGCCCAGAGCGGCCUACCCAGGUCAACAAAGAAUAACUAGCUCUAAGAUCCUCAACCUUGGCUGAUACUCCAUCAACAGACUCUACUCCUCUAAGACAUGUGGCUUAGGUUCAUGAAGCCGUGGGGCCUCAGACCUAGAGGAGAGAAAUGGAAGGGAAGACUCCAGUCGCUUCUUGCUUUGCAGCCACUGAGGCUUGCCAGUGGCUGCAGGCCCCCAUCAGUGACAGCAAGAGCUCUGGUCAACCACUGGGCACAGCUAUUUGAGGAGAGAGGAGUGCCUGAAGCCCGGGAAUCCAGCGAGUACAUCGUGGCACAUGUACUUGGAGCCAAAACAUUUCAGAGCUUGUCGGCCAGCCAGAGAUGUGCCCCCAUCACUGACCUACAGCAGGAGCAGAUUGGAGAGCUGUGUACACGCAGGCUUCAAAGGAUGCCUGUGCAGUAUGUCAUCGGUGAAUGGGAUUUCCAAGGCCUUACUCUCAAGAUGACGCCUCCAGUCUUCAUCCCACGACCUGAGACAGAGGAGCUGGUCAACUUAGUCCUUCAUGAGCAAUCCCAGAGAUGCCAAGAAUUCCGAAGAAAAAGAACCCUAGCCCAUCAAUCCCACUCCUGCCCACUCAUCCUGGAUGUGUGCUGUGGCUCUGGGGCCAUUGCCCUCAGCCUCCUGAGCAAGCUGACCCAGAGCCGUGUGGUUGCAGUGGACAAAGGGGAAGAGGCCGUACAGCUCACCAGAGAGAAUGCUCAGAGGCUCCACCUAGAAGAUAGGAUCCAGAUUGUCCGCCAUGAUAUCACCUCUGGAGUGAACAGGGAGCAGCUCCUUCCAUGGGGGCCAGUGGACUUUGUGGUCAGCAAUCCCCCCUACAUCUUCCAUUGUGACAUGGCGCAACUGGCCCCAGAGAUCCUCAGCUAUGAAGAUACUGACAGUCUGGAUGGAGGAGAGAAUGGCAUGAGUGUGAUAAGAGAGAUCCUGUCCCAGGCUCCCAUGCUGCUGAAAGACUCAGGAAGCAUCUUCCUAGAAGUUGACCCUCGGCAUCCAGAGCUAGUUGAGAAAUGGUUACAAAGCCACCCUGACCUGGGUCUCUCUCUGUUGGCUACACACGUCGACUUUUGUGGCAAACCCCGGUUCCUACACAUCCACAAGUCGAGAGAUCCUGGCAGUAGGCGCACCCAGAAUGUGUGAAACCUCCAGUUCAUGGGAGAUUCUAGCAAAUCCAUCUUUCUAGGAUGUCGACGAUGCAACAAGAGGCUGGAUUGUCCUCCUAGGAGUGUGGGGAUGGAGGCAAUGAUGAUUUUUCUCCAGCUUCUUGCUAUCAAGAUGCUCAGGGCCAGGAGAGACACUGGAGGGUCCCAGAUUCUUGGCUCUCCUGUGAAAGCAUCGUUAUCCCUGUCUGGGGCCCAUUCACUGGUGCUGAUGUUGAAGAGGGGAGGGUGUGCAGUUUGUUCUCCUGCCACAGAAAUAUUCCUUACGGUCCCAAAGGAGGACUUGAACACCUCCCCUCCCUCACCCUGCCCCUCCUACCUCAUCCCAAACCAGUAAAUAUGGAGAAAAACUGUCCUGUAGGGAUAGGCAAAGAGAACCUCUGCCGAUCCUUCCUGCUCUGUAGAAAGAGCACUGAAUUUGGAGUCAGAGGACUGCAUCUAGCCAUGGGACCUCUGAACCUCAGUUUUCCCUCCUUUUGAAAGGAAGAUAAUGAUAUUUUCAUCCCCUUCCUCACUGGGUUGUUAGGAUCAAAUGAAAUAACGUACAUAGCAUGUUUUAAUCUUUAGAGUUUAAUUGAUGUUCAAUAAAGCAAGCUGUCAUGUCUCCUGAAAAGUUGCUAUAUUCCUUGUAUGUAUGUCUGUUGGGGAAACGAGAAUUUAAUAAAUACUAUUUAUUUUUAUUAAUA